AUGGCUGAAAUUGCAGUUACCUAUGUACUUGACAAGCUGGUGGCCUUGAUAGAAGAAGAGGUGCAACUACUGAGGGGGGUCAAGGAAGAAAUUGUGUGGAUUGCAGAUGAACUGGCACACAUCAAGGCCUUCCUAAGAGUUGCUGAUGAAAGGGAAGAGAGGAGUCCUGAACUUGGCGCGUGGGUUAAGCAUGUGAGAGAUGUGGCUUAUGAUAUUGAAGAUGUUCUUGAUGAAUACAGCCUUGUAUUCACACAUCCUUCUGGGUAUGAUUUUCAUGCUUCUCUUAGUAAAAUUGUUUCCUCCGUGAGGAAUUUGAAAGCUCGCCGUCGUAUUGCUUCCGAAAUACAACACAUCAAAAUCAGAUUUGUAGGUAUCUUGGAAGGACAUCACAGAUUCCAGGGUGAAACUACAAUAGUUGACACAAAAAUUGCUGCAAAUACAUAUCAUGACCGCCGGCAGGAUGCCCUUCUGAUAGAAGAAGCUGACCUGGUGGGGAUUGAAAUGCCCAAAAGGCAGCUGAUCAGCUGGCUUAUCCGGGAUGAUAGCGGACGCGAAGUGGUUUCGGUGGUUGGCAUGGGAGGUUUGGGGAAGACCACCCUGGUAAAGAAAGUAUAUGAUGAUGCACAAGUGAAGCUGCACUUCAAAUACCGCGCUUGGGUAACGGUUUCUCAAUCUUUUAAGAUGGAAGAUCUCCUAAAAGACAUGGUUCAGCAACUCUACAACAUAAAACGGAAACCAGUUCCUCAAAGAAUGGACAGCAUGAGCACCGAUCAGCUAAGAACAAACAUCAAAAACUUUCUGCAGAAACAGAGGUACCUAGUUGUGUUAGAUGAUGUGUGGCAUAUGGAUGAUUGGGAUGCAGUCAAAUAUACAUUGCCAAAUAACAGUUGCAGCCGAGUAAUGCUCACAACACGCAACUCUGAAGUAGCCUUUGCCUCUUGCCAGGAGUUCAAUGGUAAUGUCUAUCCUUUGAACCCUUUGUCUCCUCAAGAGUCCUGGACUUUAUUUUGCAGGAAGACUUUUGGGGUGAGCUCUUGCCCUCCAGAUUUGAAUACUUUUACAGAAAGUAUCCUCAGAAGAUGUGAAGGAUUGCCACUUGCAAUUGUGGCAAUCAGUGGUGUUUUGGGGACCAAGAACAGGAUAGAUGACUGGGAUCUGAUUCAACGCAGCCUUGCUGAUGAAAUUAAAGAAAAUGUUAUACUCAAUAGUAUGGAAAAGAUAUUGUCACUCAGUUACAAUGAUUUGCCUUAUUAUCUAAAGUCUUGUUUUCUCUAUUUUAGCAUCUUUCCUGAAAGUCAUCUCAUUGACAAAAUGAGAAUCAUUCGGUUAUGGAUAGCAGAAGGGUUUGUGAAAGAAAAAGAAGGAAUGGUGUUGGAAGAAGUUGCAGAGGGCUACCUCUAUGAGCUCUUGAACAGAAGCCUAAUCCAAGUGGCAGGGACAACCAGUGAAGGGAGGAUCAAAACAUGUCGCAUCCAUGACCUUUUUCGUGAGAUAAUCAUUUGGAAGUCAAGAGACCAAAAUUUUGUAACCAUAGCUCGAGGACAGAACACGAUGUGGCCGGAAAAAGUUCGUCGCCUGUCAAUACAUAAAACCACGCAGGAUGUGCAAGAAACCAAGAGCAUCUCUCGGCUUCGUUCUUUGCUCAUGUUUCAAAGGGUAGAAUCAUCGCUGUCUGAAUCUUCAAACUCCCUUUUGUUUCCUCUUGAUUUUAGGCUACUUAAUUUGUUAGAUUUGCAAGGUGCACCUCUAAAGAUAUUCCCAAAUGAGAUCACUAAGCUGUUCCAUCUGAAAUAUCUAAGCUUGAGAGGCACAAAGAUAGAAAUCAUUCCAAGCUCAAUUGGGAAUUUGCAGAACCUUCAGACGCUUGAUCUUAAACACACAUGGGUGACUGCAUUGCCUGCUGAGAUCUCACGGCUUCAGAAACUUCGCCACCUAUUGGUGUAUCGGUAUGAGAUUCACUCCUAUGCACACUUCAAUUCCAAAUAUGGUUUUAAGGCCAUGGCACUACAAAUCGGACAUCUCCGAUUCUUACAAAAGCUCAGCGUCAUCGAGGCCGAUGAUCUAGGUGGCGAUGAUAUGAUGAAAGAGCUUGGAAGGCUGAAUCAACUGCGGAGGCUUGUUAUUGUAAAGCUCAAAAGAGAAAAUGGGGCUGCUCUGUGCUCCUCCAUUAACAUGCUAACAAACCUUCGCGCUUUGUCGAUAACAUCAACUGAAGAGAACGAGAUCAUCGAUCUUGAAAGCCUAUCUUUCCCUCCUCCAUUUCUGCAGCGGCUAUACUUGACAGGAUGUUUAGAGAAGUUGCCACACUGGAUAUCUUCUCUCCCUAGUUUGGCAAAGGUAUCUUUGAAGUGGAGUCAAUUGAGGGUAGAUCCGCUUGAGUCACUCCAAGGUCUGCCAAAUCUUGUACAUCUUGAAUUUCUGCAAGUUUAUGAGGGAGAGAUAUUGCAGUUUAAGGCUCAAGGAUUUCAGAGGCUGAAGGUUUUAGGCCUUGAUAAGUUGGAUGCACUGAAGACAGUUACAAUAGAAAUGGGAGCAAUGCCUUUCCUUGAAAAGCUAAUCCUGCAGCGCUGCAAAUCCUUGCACAGGCUGCCAUCAGGUAUCGAACACCUUAGCAAGCUUAAACUGGUUGAAUUUUUUGACAUGCCUGAUGAGUUAAUCAUGACAAUACGUCCAGACAUAGAAGGUGGGGAUUAUUGGAAGGUUGCAAAUGUACCUGAAAUCAACUCUACCUAUUGGAGAGAUGGUGCUUGGGAUGUCUACUCCUUAGAGAGAUUAAAUGAGAGAGAGGGAUCAGCUCCCACCAGGAGCCAUGAACUUCCUCCAUAUUGGAAAUAG